CACAAAGAGAAAAAGGAGGACACAGAGAGGGGUGCGCAAAGCGGCUGACCGCAUCCAAACUAUCAAUCCGUGCGCAGCCACGAUGGCAACGUCCGCCCUCAAAAGCUCCACUCUACGUUUCUAGUCACAGUUUACUGGGAUUACUUUGGACACUUGGUGAGUUUGCGCCCUGCUGUAAACACUGACGUGUGCAGUUUUUCUUCUUUUUUUCAUUGUUUUGCUUCGCUGCUUUGGACGGACGGAGUGUUUGUUUUUUGUUUUUUUGCUGUUUUCGCUGCGUUCUCCUCCUCCUCCUCCCCAACUUCGGGUGGAUUUGAGAGAAAUGAGUGAGAGGAGGCGAUCGGCCGCAGCUCUGAGCUCUAGAGCCCACGCUUUUUCCGUGGAAGCCCUGAUCGGCUCCAACAAGAAGAGGAAGCUCCGGGGCUGGGAGGAGAAAGAGAUGGAGUUGUCCAUGGAGAGCCUCGCCACGGACGGAGAGGAUCCAGCGCACUGUCUGGAUAUGGACCCGGACUCAGAGGCGAGUCCCGGCUCAGAUGGAGAGGGUCUGGCCGAGAGGACGUCAUGCUCCUUUGGCUCACAUGCCGACCUGGCCGCAGGCACCUGCAACACCUCUCCAUCGGCUUCCAUGGAGGAGAUUCAGGUGGAGCUGCAGUGUGCGGACCUCUGGAAACGCUUCCACGACAUCGGCACUGAGAUGAUCAUCACCAAGGCGGGCAGGAGGAUGUUUCCGGCCAUGAGAGUAAAAAUUGCAGGCCUGGACCCCCAUCAGCAGUAUUACAUCGCUAUGGACAUCGUGCCUGUGGACAACAAGAGAUACAGGUAUGUGUAUCAUAGCUCCAAGUGGAUGGUAGCAGGAAACGCUGACUCCCCGGUGCCCCCGCGGGUCUACAUCCACCCGGACUCUCUGGCCUCAGGGGACACCUGGAUGAGGCAGGUGGUCAGCUUCGACAAGCUCAAACUCACCAACAACGAGCUGGACGAUCAGGGCCAUAUCAUCCUCCACUCCAUGCACAAGUAUCAGCCCCGUGUUCACAUCAUCAGGAAGGACUUCAGCAGUGAACUGUCUGCUAACAAACCUGUGCCAAGUGGAGAGGGAGUUAAAACAUUUAGCUUCUCUGAGACCGUCUUUACAACCGUCACUGCCUACCAGAACCAGCAGAUCACCAGACUAAAGAUUGAUCGCAACCCGUUUGCCAAAGGAUUCCGGGACUCAGGCCGAAACAGAACUGGCCUGGAAGCGAUAAUGGAGACAUAUGCUUUCUGGAGACCUCCUGUGAGGACCCUCACAUUUGAAGAUUUCACCAAUAUGCAAAAACAACAAGGUGGCAGCACAGGGACUUCUCCCACCACCUCCAGCACGGGAACACCUUCUCCAUCCAGUGCAGCACACCUCCUGUCCCCAUCCUGCUCCCCGCCAGCCUUCCACCUGGCCCCGAAUACCUUUAAUGUUGGCUGCAGAGAAAGUCAGCUUUGCAACUUGGGCUUAUCAGAGUACCCUGCCUGUGCUCGUAGUAACAUGGCUGCUCUGCAAGGCUACGGUGGCCUGGCUGACAGUUCUUACGGCCGUCUCCAGGCUACAGGGGGAGCUGUGGCUUCUGCCCAGCCAUCUGACUCCUUCUUGCCACAGAGGACUUCCUCCCUGAUUGCUGCAGGCAUGCAGGGCAGCACUCAUGGUUCCUUAACUGGCGGUGGAAGUGGCAGCAGCACCAGCGGCAAGAUGGACGCCUAUGGCAGUCAGCUUGGCUCUUUCCCAGCCUCUCAGCUUCAGUAUGUGAUGCAGGCUGGAGGAAGCUCCAGUUCUGCCUCAUCCUCUUCAUCGGGGUCGUCUUCUUCCUCCACUCACAUGUUCAGUGGCAGCCACCACCACGUGCAGCAGGGAUCUUACAAUGCUUUCUCCCUCCACAACCCCUACAACCUAUAUGGAUACAACUUCCCCACCUCUCCUCGCCUGGCUGCCAGCCCAGAUAAGCCCCAAGGAGGGUUGCUCUGCUCCUCCGCUCCUGCAGGGGCCUUUGCUGAGCGCCAGUACCUACCCAACGGAAGCAUGGACACUGUGCACAUGAUCGGCAACACUACAAGCAGCCAGCAGGGCAGCAGCUCAUGCGAUGGACGUCAGUAUAGCUCCUCUUCUCAAAUGUCCAUGCACAUGGUGUAAAAACUUUGAUCCUCCCUUAAUCUGUUCCAUGUUGCUGAAAUAAUAUCAGGUGAAAAGAAAAGCUGCAGUCAGUGAGUGUUGGUGGUGUGGUUUAACCAUUUUUACAUUAACAUGUUCAGACAGAGUUGAGUAAGACUUUUUAGUAAAAAAAAAAAAAAACACCCUACCACUCAAAAAGCAAUACAUAACACGUAAAAACGUAUAUUUAAUUAUUUUUAUAUUGAUAAAGAAAACACAUUGAAAGCAGCUCAAUGUUCUUACUGUUUGAUGGCAAAUUCGGAUUAGUGUAUGAAGAACAAAAGGGAGUCCAGGAGCUCUGGUCCAAAAGAGAUGUUUAUAUGUUAUGGUGCAAUAAUAGAAACAGCUCCUUCGACUGACUCAUUCUUGAUUUGUAGGAACUCAAAGGUCAUCAGUUUGCACUGCCAUGCUGCAUCCAAAGAAUCCUCAGUGACAUCCAGAGGUUUUUACUUCAAUGCCAUUUUUGUUGAGGAAUGUCAAAGGGUCAGUGGCACUCUGUCGUGGUCUGAGGUUUUGGACAGAAUGAAAGGGUCAACUGGACAAUAUCAGUGAAUGACUCAUUGCUCCACGUCGAUGCAGGAGGUGAAGAACUUGGAUGCAGAGGAGGCUGCUUACCCAGGAAAACAGAGCCAGUUCUGUUUACUGUAUAGUAGAUGUGAGAACAGGACUCCACCAUGCAACUUCAUCUAACUGUUUUCUGUAAAAACUGGAAAUUUCCCAUUGUUUGUGGGAUUUAUGAGAUAUAUAUGCAUAUAGUGGAAAAGUAUUUGUAUUUCUUUCUGCUUUGCUGUUUUAUCACACCUAAAUGUUUCAGAUCACAUCAGACAAAGAAAGCCUGAGUCAAUACAAAAAAGAUGUUCAAAUUAGGAUUUCAAUUAUUAGGCGAAAAAAGCAUCCAAACCAGCCUGGUCCUGUGUGAAAAUCAUGAAUUAACUGUGAUUAACCAUGACAACUGGGUUGAAUUCCCAAAGCCACCAGCAGGGCGGAUUCCUGCCAGAUCCAUAGAAUGAGGAAAUGACUCAAAAAGAACCUGUCUGACAACAUGAAGUAGACUAAAGAUCUCCAAAAGAAACAGAUUAUCUCCUGCUCUAAAUAAAUUUAAGAACAGAUAAAAAACAUAAUUAUUGAUCAGUCUGAGAAAGUUUACAAAGCCUUGGGAGACUCCAACAAACUAGAGUGAGUUGCCAUCCAUCCAUCCAUCCAUCCAUCCAUCCAUCCAUCCAUCCAGUCUUCCGCUUACCCGCGUUUGGGUCGCAGAUUAUAAAUGAGAGUCAUUAUCCAAACAUGGAGAAAACAUGGAAAACCAGUAAACCUUCCCAGGAGGAACCGGUCGACUAGUCCAAGAGCGCAUUGAUGAGUCUGCCAAGAACACUCAGAACAUAAUUUAGAGCACUACAAGCCUCAUUCGUCUCAAUUAAUGUCAGUGUUCAUGAUUCAACAACAAGAAAGAUUCUGGGAAAAAAUGGCAUCCAUAGAUCAGUUUAUGACCUUAGCUUAAGGGCAGUUGGAAAAUGCAGCAAGCCAGUAUCCCAAAACGCACCAUCAAUUUCACCUGUGAAUGACUUAAAACAACAUAAAACAAUUAGUCUUGGAAAGGUAUUGGAGUGGUCUAGUCAAAGCCUGGACUUAAAUUCGAUUAAGAUGCUGUGGCAUGACCCUAAAGAGAUUGAUUUAAAACUCUUCAAAGUAGCUAAAUAAAACAAUUCUGUGUGGAAGAGUGGGCCAAAACUCCUCUACAGUGAUACAAAACACUUAUUGUCAGUUAUCUGAUGCUUGAUGGCAGUAGUUUCCACCAGGGGUGGAUUAACAGUUGUUAGGUUUAGGGGGCAAUUAUGUUUUCAUGUAGGCCCAUGGAUAUCUUUUAUUGUUUUAGUGAAGAAAAGCAUAGAAAAACUGCAUUUUACCUUCACUCAGAAAAUACUGGCCUGAAUUACAAUUAGACACAUUUAAGUGUGGCAAAAAAGGAAAAACAGAAAAAAUGUGUCAGGAGAUAAAUACUUCUUCACUGUAUUAUAUAUAAAAGAGGAGAUGGCAAAUGCAAUCAAUAUUAUAAGCUUAAAAAAGUUGUUGUGUGAAAUGUUGAACAAUAAGCAAUACUAUAGGAGAGUAAAGUAUGUUGUGGUGUGUACUAAGAUGUGUAUUUAAGAGUUGACCAGUAUAGCAAUUUUACCCAUCUGUUGUUAAAAUGUGUGCAAACAGGAAUUAGCGAAGUUAUUCUUUUUUGAGGCAUUUUGGAUUCCUUGUAAAUACAAGUGCCAAGCACAUGAAGAAACUCAAAUAAACGUUUAUUUCAUGUAUA